AUGGACACUGAGCGCUGCACCGACCAGCCAUGGGGCUCUUUGGCGAGCAACGUCGUCGACGCCCCGAGUUGUAUCGCAGACUGCCGCCAGAAAUUCUUGGCGACACUUCUCCCAGAACGUGAACUCAUCGACGAGACACUCGAGCCCGUGUGCGAGCAUCUAUCCAAGGAGUCUUUGUCUCUCGACGAGGCAUUCUGGACGUUGUACUGUUGCGAUGCGCAGCUCUGUGGCGUGGACAACCUGGCGGGUCGCGGCAAAGACCCCAAUGUGAACUGGGUGAUCAGCUCUUGUCAAAAUAUAGGGUUUGACCACAUCCUCGACCCUGGACCACCAGAGAUAGAUCACUCCUGUGGUUCGGCAAACCCAGUAUCUCAGAGCAUGGGGUGUUUGACAACAGGCACACCAGUGUCCACGAUGAGACUACAAGCCGUUCUUCCGACAUCACUAUCGCUAUCGACGGCAUCAUCAUCGACAGUACAGACCACACAGACAUCUGCACAGCCACCGAUUCGAGAUCCCUCGCUAGCAGCAAACAUGGACAACGAAUCGUCGAGUGUUGACUCAGAUUCACCAUCACCAUCAGGCUUGUCGACGGGUGUCAAGGCCACUAUUGGUCUCUCAGCGACCGUGGCGGCAUUACUUAUAGCAGUGGCCAUCUUCUUCCUCCUCCGAAGGCGACGCAUGGUGCCACCCCACAGACGUCGCCGAUUCUUCCAGCGCGACAACUCCUCCUUCUCUACCUUGGGCUCACCGACACCCCUAGUCUCGCCGCCGCCCUUUUCGCCUAUGGGAGCAGAGGACGUGCCGCUGACACCGCCCCCGCCGCUCAGGGAGAGAAGGAUGCUGGAUACGCGCAGCUCUACCAGCAGCAGCAGGAGGCCAUCGGGCUUUUCCCGGCCUCCUAUGCUGACCCCGACAUUAGGGAAGCUGAUUCCCCGAUCAGAGACGUUUAUGAGGGGCCUAUGUCCGCCGUCUGCAACGCAUGGUAUGGUGAACAGUGUACGAUCUUCGUCUGAAUCCCAAGGCGCCUUGAGCAGUCCCGCCCGUUCCUUUUGCUCACCCUCAAAGCCCGCUGGCCUCCCUUCUUCGCCACAGCGACAUGGGAACAUUGGUGUCGCCGUGGGCAUAGUACGACACAAUCCGGCGGAAGGCGUUGUCCUCGACAAGAACGCCCAGGACUUGUGCGAGCUGACGGACGAGUAUGCACGGGAGUCGAGAGACACCAGCUGGGGAAGCUGGAGGGGCGGCGGGGGGCCUGGGCGCGUGGCGAGCGAGCAGCACGUGGGUGGUAGCGUCAUGCGAGAAAGGGAUCUGGAGAGGCUGGGUGGUCGAUAUUAG